GUUGUAUUUACAGUUUACACAUUACACAUACACAGUGUGAUGCGUACAACGGUGUGUACAUAUUGAUAUUUGGUAGUCAACAAAUGAGAAAAGCAAGUUCUACUCAAAUCCACUGAUAAAGUGAUCAAUAGUGCGCUUCUAUAGUUUGUGAUUUUCGAACUUGGUCAUUGGCGAGGUAACCAAGGAUACCCUUAACGUGUUGUAUUUUAUGCGUUAGUCAGAGAAAAUGAAUCAAAAUUGAAAACGUAGAUAGUAGAUACCUAUCAUCAUACCUACUCUGCUACAUAAAUGAGCCAUGUCAAGCGCCUCCACUGUAUUAGGCCCACCUACCAAAAUAAGAACUUCAAUUCCGGAUUGGCAUUGUAUCACUUACGGCGAAUGGCGAAAAACGUCACAAUUGUGGACAAUCAACGGUUUUAAAGAAUAUCACUGUAAAGUGAACAAACCGCUCAGAUCGUCAGAAUUCGUUAACUCUGAAAAUCCCGAAUAUAAAUGGUACCUAACUAUUGAUACUGACAACCAGCAAAUUCUCGAAGAUAAAGAGUAUAUCGGAAUAUUUUUGAAUCUUGACAGAGACAAUAUCUAUGACUAUGAUAUAUUCGUCAACAUGAUGAUAUGUAUACGAGAUGCUUUAGGAAUGGAAAUAUUUUAUCGUAAAGCACAAGUGGAAUUCACAUUAAGCAAUAAUCAACAUGGUUUUCCAGAUUUUAUUACGAAGAGGGUACUAUUCUAUCCAGAUCUGAUAAACAGACUCGUUCCUGAAGACACAUUCACAGUUUUCUGCGAAAUUGAGUAUACUGAAAUGCGUGCCAACGAUUGUCACUCACGGCAAGGACCUGAAGUGAAAGCGACGAUUUCUGACAAUCUACCAAAAGGAUUAGAACGUUUGUUGCGUGAUCAAACUUUUGUAGAUGUAACUUUUGUGGUGGAUGGCAAGAAAUUCGGUGCUCACAAAAAUAUUUUAGCAGCGCGUAGUCCUGUUUUUGAGGCCAUGUUCAAACACGAUCUGCAAGAAAAUAGAUCAAACCAAGUUAACAUCUCAGACAUCCGUCCUGAAGUAUUUGAAGAAUUUUUACUCUUCAUGUAUACUGACAACACUCCCAAUCGCGAAAUAGUGACAGAGUUAUUCGUUGUUGCUGACAAAUAUCAAGUUGAAGGUCUACGGGUACUGUGCCAAAAAAUUAUAUUGAAGGAAUUAUCGGUAGAGAACGCGUUCGAUUUGUUAGUUUUUGCUGAUCUUCAUGGGGCGGAACGAGUGCUAACGAAGGUUGCAUUUUUCAUCAAAACAAACCCUGCCAAUCUUACGUCAACCCAGGAGUGGAAAAAUGCAAUUUUGACACAUCCUCAUCUAUUUGAUCUAGUAAAUGGAGUAUGUCGAGUCAAACGGCCUCGUGUAUCAUCAGAGCUUCAAGGGACAUGUCCUUCCAACAAAAAGAAGAAAUUGGCGGAUACCUAGAAACCUAUCUAGGUACUCGUACCUAGUUACUUUUUGUAAUAUAGAUACAUAAGUGUUCUUACUUUGUAACAUUUUGAAUUACAAUUUGCUCAACUCGUA